AUGCCACUAGAGCUGAGAGAGGCCCUGGUCCAGAUGCCACCACUGGAAAACGCAGAGGACCCUCCACUCCCCGUACCAGAUGUUGCCCCUCCAGGGGAACUCUCCAGCCCUGAAACUGCCCGGAAGCUUUUCAGACGCUUUCAGUACCAGGUGCUGUCUGGGCCCCGCGAGACCCUGAGGCAACUUCAGAAGCUCUGUUUCCAGUGGCUGCAGCCAGAAGUUCACAGCAAAGAGCAGAUCCUGGAGCUCCUCAUGUUGGAGCAGUUCCUGACCAUCCUGCCCAGGGAGAUCCAGAUGUGGGUGCGCACACAGCGUCCUAGCAGUGGAGAGGAGGCUGUGAUGCUAGUGGAGAGCUUGAAGGGCGAGCCACAGAGACUGUGGCAGUGGAUCACCAGCCAGGUUCUGGGACAGGAAAGCUUACCUGAGAAGGUGGUACCUGCAAGCUGCCAAGUGAAAGAGACAGAGGCCAGUCUUGAAGAGGUGCCUCAGGAGCUGGGAUUUCAGAAUUCAGCUUCAGGGCCUGAGGAGCAACUGAACCACAUCAUCAAAGAGGAACCUGACACGGAGCUGGAAUUAGGAGACAGACAGGAGAUUAUAAAAGAGGAGCUAAAUUUUGAAACCUGUUGGGACCAAGAACCUCCAGAUGCCCCUUGUCACAUCUCAGGAGAGUCUCCUCCUCAGAGUUCUUUGAGUGACUUCUUUGGUGAGGAUGAACAAAAAUGCUUUGGAAAAGGAGACUAUAUCCCUAAGGUACAGGGAUACCACCAAGGUGAGAAGAGAAGGGCAAGAGUUUCUAGGAAACAACUAGACCACCAUUUGCCUAAUUCACACAAAAGAGAUCUGUCUGUGCUACGGCUGGAGCAGAAGCAUGAGGCCCACCAGAAAGACCAGCUGAACCCACCAGGCAACCAGAAGCUCUCCACUUACACAGAGUGUGGGAAGACCUAUAGGAAUUCUCAGCUUUUGUUUCAUCAGAGAACUCAUACUGGAAAAAUGUCUUUUCAGUGCCCUACCUGCAAGAAAGUUUUUCAGCAGAGGUCAGGUUUUGUGAAGCAUCAGAGAGUCCACAUAGGGGAGAAGCCUUACAAGUGUGAUUACUGUGGGAAAGGUUUCAAACACUUUUCUGGAUUACAACAGCAUGAGAAAAUCCACACAGGAGAGAAACCCUAUAAAUGUCCCCUCUGUGAAAAGAGUUUCAUUAAGAGAUCUAACUUAAAUACACACCAGCGUGUCCAUACUGGAGAAAAACCAUAUAAAUGUCCUCUAUGUGAAAAGAGUUUCUUUUACAGAUCCCACUUUAAUAGACACCAGCAGAUGCAUACAGGAGAGAGACCCUAUAAAUGUCGUUUCUGUGAAAAGAAUUUCUUUCAAAGACUUAUUAAGCCUGAAUUUGAACUUGUAGCUGAAUAA